AUUUACAUCUACUAUGUUACGUCUACCCCUGAGUCCAGGUUGGCAACGGUCCUACUGGCUGUCAAAACUGAAGUUUCCCAGCUGUUUAAAAGGGUGGUUUUUGAAACACAACUUUAGUUUCCUCAGUGUUGUUUCACAGUUGAAAAGUUCUAACUCUGAGACUUGAUCAUGUAUGUGCUGAAUUGCUUCUCCAUCCACCUGCUGCUCCUCUUCUCCUUUCUGUCUGAAGUGGUUCAUUCCUCAGAUGAAGAUUUUGCAUACAAUGAUGUAUGGUGUAGGUUUAGCUCCAGAGAUUUACAUGAUAUGGAGUAUAUUUUAGAGCAUCAUUUUAACAAGAUCAUGGUGGCUCAGUACAACAGCACCACAGAGAGGUGGACAGGAUACACGGCUUUGGGAGUGAUAUCUGCAGAAAAGUGGAAUGAGGACCCAGAUGAGAUCCCCAGGAGGAGAACAGAUAUGGAUGUGUUAUGCAAGCCAUACGCUACUCGGAUCUACAACACAGUAGAGAUGUUUAUGGUUGAGCCCAACGUCACACUGAGGCUAGAGGGGCCAUCCAGUGACUCCAGCCUUGUGUGUAGCGUCCACUUCUUCUACCCCAAACACAUCAGAGUGACGUGGCUGAGGAACGGGGAGGAAGUGACCUCAGAUGUGACCUCCACUGACAUACUGGCCAAUGGACUCUGGAGCUACCAGAUACAGUCCUAUUUGAAGUACACACCCACAACUGGAGAGAGAAUCAUCUGUAUGGUGGAGCACAUCAGCCAGACUGAGCCCAAACUUUAUCACUGGGACCCCUCCUUGCCUAAGUCUGAGAAGAAUAAGAUAGUGAUCGGUGUCUGUGGGCUGCUGCUGGGGGUGGUCUUUGUAGUAGCUGGACUGAUCUACUGGAAGAAAUCUACUGGACGGCUGUCGGGUCUUAUUGGUGAAUGUGAUUAUGGGACUUGUGAUUGAGGCCGUGUGGACGAAGGCUAGCUGAUCAAAUCCCUGUCGUUAACUGAUAGUAGCUGAUAUAGUUUGCUUUUUAGCCGCUGUUGCCUCUAGCAGCUGUCCCCCCCUAUUCAAAAUGCCAACAUUGCACCAACCAUGGCCUGCUUGCCAACAGUUAACCAACUACACUCUGGAAAAAAGGGUGAUUUGUGGAGGGGAAGGGGUUCUACCUAGAACCCUUCUCAUCCAAAGAACCCCUUUUUGAAAGCCCACUGGGAACAGACGUCAGUUCAAUGUCUAGUUAGUUGUCAACUAA